AUGACGGAUAUUGCAUCUGUAUCACAAUUAUUGGCACAAUCGUUGUCACCGUCUACCGCAAAACUUGCGGAGGAGAGUUUGAGAAGUGUUGAAGAUCAAGAGGGGUUUCCAUCCACACUGUUACACGUAGUGGCGGCCAAUGAUCUAAGUUCUUCUGUGAGAUUGGCAGGAUCACUGUAUUUCAAAAACUUGAUCAAGAGAAAAUGGAUUGAUGAGACAGGAGUUUAUCGACUUCAUUUAGAUGACGUGAAGAUGAUUAAAGCAGAGAUCCUCUCACUUAUGAUUCGGCUGCCUGAUUCUCUUCAAAUCCAAAUCGGCGAAGCAGUCUCCCUCAUUGCGGAAUCGGAAUUUCCUGAAUUGUGGCCGGAGCUCAUAGAAGAACUUGUGGGAAAACUAUCUCCGGAGAAUAUGCACACCAAUAAGGGAGUUUUGAAAGUCGCUCAUUCAAUUUUUAAAAGAUGGCGGCCUCUGUUUGGUUCCAAUGAGCUCUACAUCGAAAUCAAUCUUGUUCUCUCACAAUUUGCCCAACCCUUUUUGGAGCUUCUGAAGAUGGUCGAUCAACUUAUCGAUCAAAAUACCUCAAACAAAGAGAAUCUUAAACUUUUGUUUGAAAACCUGUUGUUGUUGGUUAAAAUUUAUUACGACUUGAAUUGUCAGGAUAUUCCAGAGUUUUUCGAAGACCAUCUGCAGGAAGGUAUGGCAGUCAUACACAAAUACUUGAAAUACUCAAACCCAUUACUUGAAGAUUCCAAUGAAACCGAAGAGAUAGAUAUCGUUACUCAAGUGAAAACAAGUUGUUGUGAACUAAUCCAACUAUACACUACAAGGUACCAAGAAGAGUUGGGAAGUAUAAUCACGGAAUUCAUCAGAACCAUUUGGGAUUUGCUUAGUUCUAUUGGCACACAGCCGAAAUAUGACAUUUUGGCAUCAAAAGCUUUACAAUUUCUCACGAUCAUUGCUUCUCUGGAGCAGUACAAUAGCACGUUGAAAUCAGAAGACGCAUUGAAAGAAAUUACAGAAAAAAUCAUUCUGCCAAACGUGAUGUUAAGAGAGUCAGAUGAGGAAUUAUUUGAAGAUGACCCUAUUGAGUAUACAAGAAGGGACCUUGAGGGUUCUGACUCCGACACAAGAAGAAGAGCCUCUACAGAUUUUUUGAGAGCUUUGAAAGAAAACAAGGAGCAGGAUGUCACUCAAGUGGUUAUGAAUUACGUCAAUCAUUAUUUGGCCAGCUUUCAGUCUAAUCCGACAGAUUGGAAGUCCAAAGACUUGGCGAUAUGUUUGUUCAGCUCGAUUGCUGCAAAAGGAUCUAUUACGAAUGCAGGUAUAACCUCUACCAAUUUAUUGGUGGAUGUCGUUGAGUUCUUUUCACAAUACGUGGCCCAAGACUUGGUUAAUGAAGUCUCUCAUCCAAUUUUAAAAGUCGAUGCAAUUAAGUACAUCUUCACUUUUAGAAAUCAGCUUACAAAACAGCAGUUGAUCGAAGCAUUUCCACUUUUAUCUUCACAUUUUCAGGACGGUAAUUACGUGGUGUAUACCUAUGCUGCUAUCACCAUUGAAAAGAUCCUGUCUUUGAGAAACCCUUCAAGUCAUCAACAGUUGCUAUUCAGCAAGACAGACAUACCAGCGCCUGUAUUUAAUGAUCUUCUGACAAACUUGUUUAGGCUCAUGUUUGGGAAAGGAGAGUCUCCAGAAAAACUAGCAGAGAACGAGUUCUUGAUGAAAUGCGUUAUGAGGAUUCUUCUCACUGCGGAAGACUCACUGAGCGAGAGGGCCCCACAGCUUCUACAACAGCUCAUGAAAAUCGUUGAAAUUAUUGGGAAAAACCCAUCAAAUCCGAAAUUUUCACACUAUACAUUUGAAUCAAUCUGUGUAUUAAUCCGUUACAACAACAGUCAGAUCACAGAGAUUUUCGAACUGAUUAAGCCUUGCAUGCUCUCAGUUUUAGCUCAGGACAUUCAUGAGUUUAUUCCAUAUGCAUUUCAAAUUCUCUCAUAUUGUUUAGAAGUUUAUCCAAACUCUACCGAGAUGCCACUUGAAUACGAGCAACUAAUCAAGCCUCUGUGUUCUCCAGCAGUUUGGGAACUGAGAGCUAACAUCCCAGCGAUUGAAAGGCUAUUGGCAGCAAUCAUCAAAUUCAAACCUUCAUUAUUCACAUCCGCCGCAAGUCUAACUCCGAUUUUAGGAGUCUUCCAAAAGCUCGUGUCUUCGAAAUUGAACGAUCAUUUGGGAUUUGACUUCUUGGAAACAAUUUUACUAAGCGUUGAUAUGUCUUGCCUAGAGCCCUUUUUGAAAGAAGUGGCAAUGAUAUUGCUUUCUCGUUUACAGACGGUUCGAACAGAUAAAUUUGUCAAAAGAUUCAUUGUCUUUUUGUGCUCCAUUGCUGCUUUGCCAACAUCAAACGAUCCUUACUUGAAAAAAAACGGGCUCAAUUCUUCUUUUGUCAUUAAAUUCAUAGAGAGUGUUCAAUCUGGAGUGUUUCAACAGAUUCUUAUCGGCGUAAUCGUCCCUACAAUUGAAUCAUUUAAUAAUUUGCUUGACAAAAAAAUCUUGAUAGUUGGCCUCACCAGUCUGAUAACUGAAAACGCUCAAAUCAUAGGCCAAGAUGCUUUCAAGCUUGUACUCUCUAAGCUGCUAAAGAUAACCGCAUCUGACAGCAUCAAAAAUUACAAAAACUUCAAUGAGAAUGUUGAGCUUUUGCUUGAGCUAGAAAAUGAUGAGCUUUCAUUUGGAUCCAGCUUCAAUAAACUGAACACGAUCCAGCAGAAGCCUUUUGAUCCAGUUAAGGAAAUUAGUUCAAAGGAGAUGAUUUUGGCGUAUCUUCAAUCAGAACUUGCAUCAUUUCCAAACAUUCAGAAUGUUGUUCUGAGUCUUGAUCAACCAGAACAGGAACUUGCCAGAAGCUUGGGAAUUAUAUGA